GCACCGCUUGGAGUAAUUCAGAAAUAUUUCGACAGCCAGGCCGACAGUCGAGAGUCGAGUUUGAGGGUGCGCCACCGUCACACACCCAGUCCACCGAAAAUGCCACUGCCGAAUUCGCCAGAUCCGACAUUACGCUCCAACCAGCCCGUCGCCAUUUUUCCGAUUGAGGACCUGGAGCUGACCACCGACUUGCCACCAGCCGUACCAGAACGCAGCCCUAAACGUCUCACCAACCCUCGGUUCCCACUCCGCAAGGAAUCUAUUGUGUCCGUGGACAGUGACUUUACACGUGCGACUGAAGGUCAGUUCACAGAAUACGAACGAAGGGACUCGGACAUCCGAGUGCCCAAACAGCGAAGCCAGUACGUCACGGUAAGACAAGCAGCCCGAGCUGGCUCGUCCAACCUGGGACGAAUGGCGCCACCGAUUCUCGGCCACGACGCACUUACCGCCAGCAGCCACCUGGGGCUGAACGAUCUCAGCUACUACCUUAAGCACACAGGACCGAACACGGAUAACCAAGCGACAGGUCGACAGCGUACAAGAAGUGGCCCUAAGAUCUUCAAGGUCAAGCGCAAGAGCCUCGCUGCACGCGUCGGCUCGGUAGAAGGCUCGCCUCAACGUGCACGCCAGAAGCCGAAGGUACCUACCUGCGCUCGCGAGAUGACAACGUCGGGCGGAGCGAAGCAUCUCAAAAUCAUCAUCCCUAGGUUGUCCGGCACAGACAAUCUCACCCUCCCUAUCGCUGUCCCCGGGCCACAGAACCAAAAGCACCGUCCCCGGCACAUGUCACUCAGCUUCACCGAGGACAUGCUCGUCCCCGCUCUCGCCUCGCCCGCCGUCGAGCGCGCGAUCCAAGGGUUCAGCUCUUACGACCGUGCAAGUCGCUCCUUCUCUGCGCCUAACAUUAUGGAUGUCGCUGCCCAUGCGGUGCGAAAAGGGAAGAGUCCGCCGAUCAGUCCGAAGCCAAUUCUUGUGGUUGAGCAUCCUCUUGCUGAACACCCUAUCUCGCGAGAGGAACAGACAAAAGCGAGGAAGCUGCGCGAUCUGAAGAAAAUCAGGAGGAAAGAAGUACAUCCCACUAUCUUAAUGUCGACGUCAACACAACAAAGAAACUCGGACACCGGGCCUGGUGCGCUGCCGACGCCUAGACAGACUCCUGAGCCGGGCAGUGAUGAGAUUGUAGGCGAUAGCGCAGUCGAGAUUGAAGUCCUCGAGGAGGGUAGCGCGGACAAGAUGGUCAGGCUGCAGGAGAGAGUUGUACUGCUGCAGAGGCAAAACUCGGCGCUCACGGCGGCGCUUGCCAAGGUUGUGGGGUUGGAGUUGGAGGAUGGAGAUCUGGAGCCGGAGUAUGUGCUCAAGAGUUUCAGGAGGUGUAGGCACUCAAGGACGCCAAGUGGGUGGUGAGUCGGGGUGGAUGGGUACUUCCUCCUUGGUGACGGCCAAUGUACGAAUUUUACGUAGUCUACAUAUACAGGUAAUGUCAAUAUUAAUUGAUCCGAUGUUCGCA